AUGGCCACCAAGUUGCAUAUAUUUACAGAGUUUACCAUGGCAUCAACUCCCACCUCUUCGUUCUCUGCUUCCUCCUCCACCAGCCUCUCCAUGGUCCGGAGACCUCUCACGAACGGCGGAGUGGGAGCUCUAAAAGUUGAAGUCAUUAGGGUUGCUUCUUCCUGUAAGCGACAUCUAUCGAGACAACGCGGAGGUGCUCUUCGUGCUCGUAUGAACCUUUUUGACCGGUUUUCUAGAGUUGUCAAGUCAUAUGCAAAUGCAAUCAUAAGUUCCUUCGGAGAUCCUGAGAAAAUAUUGGAGCAAGCAAUUCUUGAAAUGAAUAUUGACUUGACUAAGACGCGUCAGGCCACAGCACAAGUAUUGUCUUCCCAAAAACGUUUGGAAAAUAAGUGUAAAGCUGCGCAACAAGCUUCUGAGGACUGGUAUCGAAAAGCACAAUUAGCUCUUCAGAAAGGAGAGGAGGAUCUUGCACGUGGAGCUCUGAAGAGACGUAAAUCUUUUGAGGAUAAUGCUAAUUCUAUGAGAACUCAACUUGAUCAACAAAAAAGUGUUGUAGAUAUUAUUGUGGCUAAUACAAAGCUUUUAGAGAGCAAGAUACAAGAUGCAAGGUCGAAAAAAGAUACCCUCAAAGCACGCGCUCAGUCUGCAAAGACUGCUGUUAAAGUGAGUGAGAUGGUGGGGAAUGUCAAUACAAGUAGUGCCCUUUCCACUUUUGACAAGAUAGAAGAGAAAGUCUUAGCAAUGGAAUCCCAAGCAGAAGCUCUUGGCCAGCUAACUACAGAUGAUUUGGAAGGAAAGAAAGGAUAUCUUCCACCUGGAAGAACUAUUACUCCCAGAUCGAACAAGGCAUGUCCGUUCAAGGAUUCUGAAAUUGAAAUGUCGCUUAAGGAAAUGAGAAGGGAAGCACAGGACUUCAUACGAAGCAAAGAGUACUCACAAUGCAUACGGGAAGCACAGAACUUCAUACGAAGCAAAGAGUACUCACAAUGGAUACGGGAAGCACAGGACUUCAUACGAAGCAAAGAAGUACUUAGCAUCGAGACGGGAAGCACAGGACUUCAUACGAAGCAAUGUGUUUGCACAAUGGAUACGAGAAACACAGGAGAAAAGGCGGGGAAGUCCAUACAGCUCCUAUCAACGUUUCUCGGGGGUUUUGUAAUUGCUUUUCUCAAAGGAUGGCUUCUCACCUUGGUUCUACUAUUGUGUAUUCCUGCACUUGGCAUUUCUGGUGGACUCAUGUCUAUUAUCGUUUAA